AUGAAGGAGCUGUCUGUUUGGAUGGCAUCCCACCAGCAUAUAAUUGGGAUGCAUGGAAAGAUGAAGGUGCACGCAAUUGGCUACAUCACCUUAAAGGAGCUAGGCAGGUGGUCCUUGAAUAGUACUCUAUACCAGACAUCCGAUCAUAACAUUCAAAGUUGUGCAAGGCGCUUGUAUGGUUCCGCGGGUUCUUCUCGACACAUACCGGCCACUGAUAACUUAACAGGCAUGUUAAGUGGUGACCCCAAAAUAAGUGCUCUUUACAACUGGAAUCGAGUCUUCUUUCGAUUUUGUGAUGGAGGAUCAUUCGCUGGAGAUGUUGAACAACCAGAUCAUGUUACUAAACAUUACUACAAGGGUGUAAGGAUUUUCAAUGCGGUUGUGAAGGAUUUGUGGGCCAAAGGAAUGAAAAAUGCUCAAAAUGUAUUUCUUUCUGGCGGCUCAGCAAGAGAGUUGGGUUCAAGCAUACACUAUGAUCGCUUUCGAGCUCUAUUUUCGAAGAAUGUUAGAGUGAAAUGUCAUGUCGAUGGUGCACUCUUCAUUCGUGUCAAAAAUCCCGAGCAAGCAAAAUUCUUUGCUACUGUUUUUUACAGUGUAGUUGACCUACAUAAACCUGACAAGGCAUUACCUGUUGAGUGCAGUUCAAAACGGAGUCCAUUUGAGUGA